UUUCGGUUUAACAAAAAAAAAGUAUCACAAAAAAAUGAACGAAAAUCUAAAACGAAUUAUAAAAUUGAAUUUGUGUGGAGAAAGAAGCUUCUCGGCAGAGAAACUGAAAUUUGUGGCUCAGUAUCUCUCUGAAGAACAUUCUUCCACAUCUCUCUCUCUCUUUGAAGAACAAAAAUGGUAGAAGAUGAACAAUGACGAAGAAGCAUUGUUGUUAUUCUUCAAGCAUUAUUAACCCUGUUGUUAUGUUCCUUCCAUGGCCUGUUACAUCGUUCCUUAUUACUACAAUCCCGUUUCGCCUCGUAUCAAUAGAAAAGUUAUAAGUCAACAUCGCCAACGUUUCUCCGGCAAGAUCUUGAAGACAAGACCUGUGAUUCCUCGAAAUUCCGCCAUUAGCGACGGUGGUGUCGAUUACAAUACCUUAGUCUCCGAGGCUGUGAGGGUUUUGGUUCCGCAAGCAAACUUUGAUUCCUCCAAGCUCAAAGUUGAAUUCUUAGGGGAGUUAUUAGUGAACAAGACUAGCAGCAGCGGGAUUAUAACGCCGCGCACAUAUAUACUCUCCCACUGUGACUUCACUGCUAACUUAACCUUAACCAUCUCCAACGUAAUCAACCUGGAUCAAUUAGAAGGCUGGUACAAGAAAGACGAUGUGGUUGCUGAGUGGAAGAAGGUGAAAGACGAGCUGAGAUUACAUAUCCAUUGUUGCGUUAGCGGGCCGAGUUUGUUGCAGGACGUGGCUGCAGAGCUUAGGUAUCACAUAUUCUCCAAGGAACUACCUUUGGUACUAAAAGCUGUUCUCCAUGGAGAUUCUGUUAUGUUUAUAGAGAACCCUGAGCUAAUGGAUGCUUAUGUAUGGGUUUAUUUUCAUUCACGCUCACCUAAAUACAACCGAAUCGAGUGCUGGGGACCUCUCAAGGAUGCUGCAAAGGGAAAGCAGAAAGGCAAUCAUCAAGGCUUCCUGAGUUCGAAUACUUCUUCGAGGAAAUUGAUUCGGCUGAUGUAGAUUUCUUGAUGAGCAUCUGACACAACUGCAAUCUGCCAACAUUCAAUUGUUCAUACUCGGAAAUUUUAUAAGAAACUUGUUCCCAAACAUCUUCACCCACAUUGCUCAUGCUCAUAAUCGGUUAUAUGGAAAUGUUGUUUGGUUUAUGAACCAUAAGGAUGUCAAUUUGGGCCAAAGCCCGACCCAGCCCUGAAAAAUAUCGGGUUUGGACUUUUGUAUAAAAGCUCAAAAAAAAUCGGAUUUUUUGAGCUAAACCUAUUCGGGCUUAAGCCUGAUCGGUCUCGGGCUUACUCGAAAAGCUGUGUACUUUAUAUUAUAAUUUUAUUAUAAAUUUUAUUAAUAAAUUAUCUUUACAAUUUUAAAAAAUUAGAGUUAUUAAUU